CACUGAACUCUCACGAUGCUGCGUGUGAACGCUUCUCGCGCGGCCCUCGUGGGCGUGCGGGCCUUUGGCACCAGCCGUGUCGCUGCGGCUUCGGUGCCCAUGAGCCGCUUCGACGAUGCGCCCAUGCCUUACGACACGAUGCGCAAGCGCCUCGACAUCGUUCGUGGUCGUCUCAACCGCCCCCUCACCCUUUCGGAGAAGGUGCUCUACUCUCACUUGGAUGAGCCCGAGACCCAGGACAUUGAGCGUGGUGUGUCGUACCUGAAGCUUCGCCCCGACCGCGUGGCCAUGCAAGAUGCCACCGCUCAGAUGGCCAUGCUGCAGUUUAUCAGCUCUGGCCUGCCCCAGGUUGCUGUCCCCUCCACCAUCCACUGCGAUCACUUGAUUGAGGCCAAGGAUGGCUCUGCCACCGAUUUGGCCGUCGCCAAGGACCGCAACGCCGAGGUCUACAAUUUCCUGGCCACUGCCGGUGCCAAGUAUGGCGUUGGCUUCUGGAAGCCGGGAUCGGGUAUCAUCCACCAGAUCAUCCUUGAAAACUACGCCUUCCCCGGUGUCCUCCUCAUUGGUACCGACUCCCACACCCCCAACGGUGGUGGUCUCGGUGGUCUCUGCAUUGGUGUCGGUGGUGCUGAUGCCGUCGAUGUGAUGGCCGAUGUCCCCUGGGAGCUCAAGUGCCCCAAGGUCAUUGGUGUCAAGCUGACUGGCAAGAUGUCUGGCUGGACCUCCCCCAAGGACGUUAUCCUCAAGGUCGCUGGUAUCACCACCGUCGCGGGUGGCACUGGUCACAUUGUCGAGUACUUUGGCCCCGGCGUCGAGACCAUGUCCUGCACUGGUAUGGGUACCAUCUGCAACAUGGGUGCUGAGAUUGGUGCCACCACCUCCGUCUUCCCCUUCAACGAGCGCAUGGCCAAGUACCUCGAGUCCACUGGCCGUGCCGCCAUUGCUGACCUGGCCCGCGACAACGCCGACAUCCUCACCCCUGAUGAGGGCUGCCAAUACGACCAGGUGAUUGAGAUUGACCUCGACACCCUCGAGCCUCACAUCAACGGUCCCUUCACCCCCGAUGCCGCCCACCCCAUCAGCGCCUUUGCCCAGGCUGCCAAGGACAACAACUGGCCCAUGGAUCUCAGCGUUGGCCUCAUUGGUUCUUGCACCAACUCCUCGUACGAGGACAUGAGCCGCGCCACCAGCAUUGCCCAGCAGGCCCUCGACCACGGUGUCAAGGCCAAGUCUGCCUUCACCAUCACCCCCGGUUCGGAGCAGAUUCGCGCUACCAUCACCCGUGACGGUCAGGCCGAUACCCUCACCAAGAUUGGUGGCCUCGUCCUCGCCAACGCCUGCGGUCCCUGCAUCGGCCAGUGGGAUCGCCAGGACGUCCCCAAGGGUACCCCCAACUCCAUCAUCACCUCAUACAACCGCAACUUCACUUCCCGUAACGACGGUAACCCCCAGACCCACGCCUUUGUCGCCUCCCCCGACAUUGUCACUGCCAUGGUUCUCGCCGGCCGCCUCGACUUCAACCCCCUGACCGACUCCCUCACCGGUGCCAACGGCGAGGAGUUCAAGCUGGAGCCUCCCUCGGGUGAUGAGCUCCCCUCCCGUGGCUUUGACGCCGGUGAGGACACCUACCAGGCUCCUCCCUCGGACCGCUCUGGUGUCAGCGUCGACGUCGAUCCCUCCUCGGACCGCCUGCAGCUCCUUGAGCCCUUCACCAAGUGGGAUGGCAAGGACAUUGAAGACAUGGAGGUUCUGAUCAAGGUCAAGGGCAAGUGCACCACCGACCACAUCUCCAUGGCUGGCCCCUGGCUCAAGUACCGCGGUCACCUCGACAACAUUAGCAACAACAUGCUGAUUGGCGCCAUCAACUCUGCCAACGGCGAGGCCAACAAUGUCAAGAACAUGAUUGAUGGAUCUUUCGGUGGUGUCCCCGAUGUUGCUCGCGUCUACAAGGCCAACAACAAGCCCUGGUGCGUCAUCGGUGAGGCCAACUACGGUGAGGGCUCCAGCCGUGAGCACGCCGCCCUUGAGCCCCGCCACCUCGGCGCCCGCGCCAUCAUUGUCAAGUCGUUUGCCCGUAUCCACGAGACCAACCUUAAGAAGCAGGGUCUGCUCCCUCUGACCUUCGCCAACGAGAGCGACUACGAUCUGAUCGCCCCCGAGGGUGCCAAGGUCUCGAUCGUCGGCCUCACCGACUUCACCCCUGGUGUUCCUCUCACCGCUGUGAUCAAGAACCCCGAUGGCAGCCAGCACGAGAUCAAGCUGAACCACACCUUCAACGAGGGCCAGAUUGCCUGGUUCAAGGCUGGCUCUGCCCUCAACCGCAUGAAGGAGCUCUCCAACUAAAGGCCUCCUUGGCAGCCUCGCUGCGUUUGCUGCGUUGCAAGUGUGCUUCUGCCUUUGCUUCUGCUUUUUCCGUUUUCUCAACCUUUUUUUUUUUUUUUUUUUCGGCAUUUGCAGUCAUGUUUAUUGCUUAUGCAACCGUUUCGAGCAGGGCGGGAUUGUUUGUUGGAGUGUGCCGUUCCGAGGCCGUGCCAUGCUUUGCGUCUCCGCCAGGACUUUUGGUGUUUUUCUGUGCCGUGCUCUCACUCUUCAAAGGAUUUCCCCCUCCCUCGCCUCGUUUGCGUUCAAUUUCCUGGCUCGCCGGGCCGGCCAAGACACGGAACUGGUGCUCAAUUUCACCUCAAUCGAUUUUGCCUUGCUCA